UCAAUUAAAGUAAUUAGCAAUGGCAUCAACAGGGUCUUUGAGCUUUGGUAGUGCUCCUCUUAUACUCAGUGUUCAGGAGCUUGCCAAAGAGCCCAUGGCUGCAGUCCCUCAGCCCUUUCUCCUGAAUGAUCAGGAGCUUCCAGUUGACCUCCCAAAGAGCACUUCCGUGAUAACCAUCCCCACUAUUGACAUGAAACAUUUGACCAUGAGUGAAACCACAGAUUUUGAGCUAGAGAAGUUGCAUUCAACUUGCAAAGAAUGGGGCCUCUUUCAGUUGGUGAACCAUGGAGUCGACUCUUCACUUGUGGACAAACUAAGAUCUGAGAUUGAAGAAUUUUACAAGCUUCCCUUGGAAGAGAGGAUGAAAUACAAGAUGAGGCCAGGUGAUGUUGAAGGGUAUGGGUUGUCCCUGAUCAUAUCAGGAGAUCAAAAACUAGACUGGGGUGAUAGGUUUUACAUGAUAACCAACCCUAUCCAUAGAAGGAAGCCCCAUCUAUUGCCUGAGCUUCCUCCAUCACUGAGGGAUGCCUUGGAGCGUUACCUAUCAGAGCUGCAAAAACUUGCGAUGACACUUCUAGGGUUUAUGGCUAAAGCUUUGAAGUUGGACGAUGGAGAGAUGGAAGGGUUGGUUGAUGACGGGAUGCAAGCGGUGAGGAUGACUUACUAUCCUCCAUGCCCACAACCAGAUCUGGUUAUGGGCCUUACACCUCAUUCCGACGCCACCGUUAUCACCAUCCUUCUUCAAGUCAAUGGAGUGGAUGGUCUCCAAAUAAAGAAGGAUGGGUUUUGGAGGCCAGUGAACUUCCUCCCAGAUGCACUUGUCGUGAAUGUAGGAGACAUUCUAGAGAUGGUAAGCAAUGGGGUCUACACUAGCAUUGAGCACCGGGCAAUAGUAAAUUCAGCGAGAGAGAGGAUCUCCAUGGCCAUGUUCUUCAAUCCCAAAUUCUCUGCUGAGAUUGGACCCGCAGUUAGUCUGAUAAAUCCCCAAAACCCACCACUGUACAGACGAGUAGGGAUGGAGAAAUACUUCAAGGAUUUCUUCUCUCGUAAACUGGAUGGAAAAUCAUUCCUGGAGCAUAUGAAGAUCAAAAAUGGGGAAGGCAACAAUGCUUGAUGCCUUGCAAUAAGUACAAUAAGUACAAUAAGUACAAUAAGUAUUUGUAGUAUGCAUGUUUGUAGUAGUGUUCCUAUCUUACUAUAGCUAGUGAUAGCUUAAUAUAACAUCAGAACAUUUUUGCUAGAGUUAUCAAGUACCCUUGUUUGAUGGUAAAAAUCGAUGCAUGUGAUAUAAAUCAAAACAAAAAUAUCAAA